GUGUGUGUGUGUCGACGUUCAUCCACACACACCGCCCCACCUGAUAUUCCCCGGAUCACAAGCGUCUGGAAAGCAUCGCCCGUCGUUGGAACAGAAGGAGCCAAACAGAAAAUAAUUUACGCAUAACGCGGGGAAAAGGUUUGGCAAAACAAAAUGACAGCACUGAAAUAAAGGACUCGACACGUAAAAAACGGGGAAAGGGAGUUUGGAUAUCUGACUCGAAUAAUGCGUGUUCGUCACGGACGCUGCUGUAGGGGACCCGGAGCUGCGACGGAUGGGGUGACACACGCUGCGUGGCGGUCCCGACGCCGGGCCCCCGGGUUGUGUGCGUCCUGGGCCGGUCUCCGGUGCUAACGAGGGCGAUUCCGACAGGAUGCAGGGGGUGACGGUGACCGGAGAGGCGCCCACUCUGAGUGGAGGCGGAAGGGAGGAGCAGCGGCCACUGAAACAGUCCCUGAGUGGGUCCCUGUGCAGAGAGUCUCACUGGAAGUGUCUGGUCCUGACGGCGCUGAUGCUGGGCUGCGUGUGCGUGCUGGGCUGGUGCUGGCUGUGCCGCGUGGCGGUCAUGGCGACGGACGACCCCGGGCCCUCGCUGCAGUACGGGGCCCGCGCGCGGCUGUCCCUCGCCAGCCCCUGCUCCAACGGCUACGUGUACAUCCCGCUGGCCUUCCUGACCAUGCUGUACCUGCUGUACCUGGUGGAGUGCUGGCACUGCGACUCCCAGACGGCCGCGCUCCCGCGCGCGGAGACGGCCGCCGUGUCUGAGCGCGUGCAGAGGCUGCAGCGCGCCACGCCCUGCGUCUGGUGGAAGGCCAUCAGCUACCACUACGUCCGCCGCACACGCCAGGUCACCCGCUACCGCAACGGAGACGCCUACACCACCACACAGGUGUAUCACGAGCGGGUGAACACGCACACGUCGGGCUGUGAGUUUGACUUUGGGGUGCACGGGGUGCGGGACGUGUCUAAAGAGCUGCUGGGGCUGCUGGAGCACCCGGCCACCCGUCUGCGCUUCACCAAGUGCUUCAGCUUCGCGUCGGCGCGGGCGGAGACGGCCUACCUCACGCAGCGCGCCCGCUUCUUCACGCAGAACGAGGGCCUGGACGACUACAUGGAGGCGCGCGAGGGCAUGCACCUGAAGAACGUGGAGUUCCGGGAGCGCAUGCUGGCGUUCCCCGACCCGGCCCGCCCGCCCUGGUUCGCGCGGCGGCCCGUGUUCUGGCUGGCGUCGGCGCUGAUGAUGUCGUGGCCGCUGCGGGUGACGGCGGAGUACCGCACCGCGUACGUGCACUACCACGUGGAGAAGCUGUUCGGCGGGAACGAGGAGGAGGAGGAGGCGCGGGGCGGCGGGAGCGGAGAGAACGACAGCGCCGGGGCCCGGCCCAUCUCGCGCGUCAACACGGUGGACCUGACCGAGCUGGAGUGGCACAUUCGCUGCAACCAGCAGGUGGCGCCGAGCUACUCCCAGGCCCUGCUGAUGGGCCUGGAGCCGGCCCCGCCCGGCACGGCCGGGAACGCCGGGAACGCCGGGAACGCCGCCCCCACCGUCGCCAUGACAGCCGCCUACAGCGGCGGCGGCUACUUCCUGCAGAGCUGCCCCCGCUGCCGCCGGUCCUCCAGCAGCUCCUCGCUACCCCCCCGGGGCCGGGGGAACGUGGCGCUGGGGGCGGGGGGGCUGCCGGGGGCCGGGGGGGGGGCCCCGGGCCGCAUGGCGCUCAGCCGCAGCGGCUGCUCUCUGGGACGCCUGCGCACCGCACGCCGCCCCCGCCUCUUCCACUCCUGGAGCGUGGGCGGGGCCAUCGGGGGGCGGGGCGGGGACGCGGGCGGGGCCGGGGGCGGGGGCGGGGUCCUGGGGCUGGGGUUCUGGCAGCAGGGGGGCGAGGACACCCGGGGCGUUCUGCAGGCAGAGCGGGACGAGGAGGAGGAGGAGGAGGAGGAGGGGGAAGAGCGGGUGGAGAGAGGGAUGCAGGAGGAGGAGGGAGGAGAGGGGGAUGAGGGAAGGAGGUGGGACAGGCCCCCAGCGUACGGCGAAGCUCUGCACUUCCCCGUCCUCAUCGUCCACGGCGACGAGAGCUGCCAUGGAGACGUGGGGGAGGGGGGGGGGGAGGGGGAGGGGGAGCGGGGCGGGACAGGGGGAUGA